UGUAGAAUGAUAUAUUGACGAGGAAAAAGUAAAAUAUAUUGCCAUAGUUAAGAUGGCAGGACUUCUGGGAGCAGUAGCAGGAGCUAGAGAACUACUUUUAGGAGAUGGUAGUCCUACCAUAGAUAACUGGACUUUCAGACUGUUCUAUCAGUAUUCAACAUCAAUAUUCUUGACGUCUUCUAUCCUUGUAACCUCACAUCAAUUCUUUGGGAAUCCAAUACAAUGUGAUCUGCCUGCUGGGGGAGUAAGUGAUGCGACAUUGAAGUCUUAUUGUUGGAUGUAUUCAACCUUUAAUAUACCAGAUAAAUUCCAGGGAAACUGUGCAAGAAGAGAGAGUGGUGAUGAUGUCAUACAUAAUACAUAUUAUCAAUGGGUCUCUUUAUGCCUUCUUGGGCAGGCGUGCUUGUUCUAUAUACCAAGAGCAGUUUGGUUAAGCGUGGAGGGAGGUCUUAUGAAGCAUUUAGCAAAGGAAAAUUAUUUUUUAUGA